AUGGCACUCGGCGCCCUAGCAAACCCCGUCCUCGUCCACAUCCGCGAAGCCAACGCCACAACCACCACCAGCACCGCGACACCCACCGCGACACCCACCCCCCUCCCCCCCAAGGGCGAGGCGUGCGGCGCCACCGUCUGCGCCGCGGGCCUCACCUGCUGCAAUUCGUCGUGCGGCACCUGCGUCGCGCCCGGCGGCGCCUGCACGCUGGAGUUCUGCCUUCCGCCGGAACAGCCGCCGGCCCCGGGCAACGGCACCGUCUGCGGCGCGGCCACGUGUCCAGCCGGCGAGGAGUGCUGCAAUGCGAGCUGUGGGGUUUGCACCCGGCCCGGGGAGGGGUGUACGAAGGAGUUUUGCUUGCCUCCGGAUGGGGCCGGGGAGAAGUCGUGCGGGAAGGUUACUUGUCUUGCUGGGGAGGAGUGCUGUAAUGAGAGUUGUGGGGUGUGUACUCCGCCUGGGGGGGUGUGUACGGCGCAGUUUUGUGAGGAUUGA